ACUAAUGGAACGAUCUCGUGAAGUCGCAUUUGAAAAACCAUCUUUACAUCGACAUCGGCAACAAAAAGAGAAACAAAUUUGAUACCGAAACUGAUAAGAGCACUUGAGAAAAUAAUAACUGCACAUAGUAACCAGCGACUCGCUGACACUAAUUCUUUGCCUAGCACCAUUUGCUUUUCGAGCGCAUCGGGUCCGAACUGAUCAAAACCAACCAAACCUUUCUUCUCUAUCCUUGUUACAAUUUUGGGAGUGGAAUUGUGCGAUGGUCAAAUCCAGUGCAGAAACAAUGUCAGAAAAAACAGAAAUUGAAUUCGGCAGUGACAAUGUCUGUCAGAAACGAAAUUAUUGCUUGCGGAACUGUCGCCAACCGUUGGUCAUAGAAACGCCAUUCGGAGUGACACUUCGCGGAAAAGGACAGCUCCGUGCCGCCGUUCAAGCACUGGCAUUUGGAGCCCUGAUUUUGGGUUGCAGUGCAUAUCAUGCUUAUUCCACUGCUUUCUCGGAGGAUGAUUUUUCUUUCGAUUCAGACGAUGAAUUGAUGCGAUUGCUACAAGAUGCAAGCAACGCCACCAACCUGGACCAAUCGAUUCCCKGUGAAUCACUUGUUGCUUGUGACGAUCUGAAGAAGGCCGACUCAUGGUGGAUGACUGUGUUCUACAUAAUUGGAAUUCUUUACAUGUUUCUUGCGCUCGCCAUCAUUUGCGACGAAUUCUUUGUGCCGGCCUUGGAAGAACUAUCUGGUCCUCGCCGGUUGAACAUGAGUAUGGACGUUGCGGGUAAGUCAAUACGCAUAUGUAUCUAUUAGAAAAACACAUGUAUACGUGUUGUGCUGCUGCUAUUCGGGUCGAUACGAUGCAAUACGAUGUUUUAGUUACAAGACACAAACAUCUUCUCAACGAGCCUCUUGCUCUUCGCUGCUUCUAUCCAUUCACCUUUUCGCUACAACAUAAUCAAUAUUUUGUAUAGGCGCAACAUUAAUGGCGGCGGGCGGGUCGGCUCCUGAACUGGCGACCUCAAUCAUCGGUACUUUUAGGCAAUCCGAGAUCGGUUUCGGUACCAUUGUGGGGUCUGCCGUUUUUAAUAUUCUAUUCGUUAUCGGGAUGUGUUCCCUGCUCGCUAAGGACGUCUUAACUUUGACGUGGUGGCCACUCUUUCGGGAUACAACUUACUAUACAUUGGGACUCGUAGUGCUUGCUGUCUUCACUGGCUUUCACACGAAGAAUAACAUUCAACUUUGGGAAUCCUGUGUCCUUUUUGGGAUGUAUCUUGGGUAUUGCUUGCUCAUGUGGCAGAACAAAAACCUGUACAAGGCAAUCACUGGAAAAGUGCUUGUGUACCCCGAUGAGGACGACGAAGACGGCGACGAUGGCCGCACCGCAAGCAAUGGUAGCGGGGGCAGUGGCGACCAAAACGGUAACACAGACAACAAAGACAAGAAGGAAGAAGGCGCCGAUGAGGAAAAAGACGUCAAAUCUGCUGGAGGCAUGCGAUCUUCCCUUCAAAAGCAAUCUUCGAAGAGUAGUGUCCACAGCGUUGCCAGCCAUAUUAGCCAGGCGAGCUUUCGAGGGAGCGAUAAAUCCACUGCUAGUCACCCGCAUUUUUUGUGGCAGGGAACCUUCCGAGCUGGUAUUCUGAAACUUCUCAAAGACGCUGACUCGUGGGCUGAUACGGCCGGUGCCGGAAUGGUCUCUAAGAUCAUGGGGGAUGCGGACUACGUCUUUGAACAGGUUGACAAGGAUGGAAAUGGAGAAAUCGAUCGAGAGGAACUAAGACAACUAUUUGACUUGUUGGAAUGUUAUGCUACCCAUGAAGAAAUGGAAGAAGUUUUUGUGCAGCUAGAUGCUAACAAAGAUGGCGUUGUGAGUUUAUUUCAGCGGUUAUACGAGUCUACCCUGCGUGUGCCAGCGUGAUUGCGAGUUUCUUCAUUGUUCAUCUUUCUACGCUUACAUUUACCUUCACUUUUUUUCGUGGUUGUAGAUAAGUCGCAAAGAAUUUACUGAGUGGUACUUUAGAUCUGAAGAACGGAUGCUUUCUCAGGUUCGACAUGUUUUUGAUCAAAUCGAUGUCGACAAAUCUAAUACACUCGAUAAAGACGAGCUGAAGACGCUGCUUUCCACCCUCGAUCCUCACGUUUCAGAUACAGAUGUCCAAUCUGCUCUUUCUGAAAUGUACAAGCACGGAUCUCCAGACGAAAUCACGUUUGAUGAAUUCAGCGAAUGGUACAAGCAGUCAAUCAUGUACGAGCACCAAUUACAGAAGAUCGAGGAAAAUAUGGUAGGAGUCUGUGACAACUUGUAUCCUCCAAAAGACGGAGGUGCCCGAGAUUGGGCGUGGUAUAUUAUCUGCCUUCCUUUGGUAUUUCUUUUGACGUUUACAGUUCCCGAUGUCCAAAGACCUGGCUAUGAAAAAUGGUGUUAUGCAUCUUUCUUUUUAUCAAUCGCUUGGAUCGGUGGUUUCUCUUAUUUCAUGGUCGACUGGGCCGAAAUUGUCGGAAACACGUUUGGAAUUCCCGACGAAUUGAUGGGUUUGACAGUAUUGGCAGCAGGAACAUCAGUCCCUGAUUUGCUUUCCAGUGUCAUUGUCGCACGACGUGGGCAAGGAGACAUGGCUGUAUCCUCAUCCGUCGGUAGCAACAUCUUCGAUAUUCUUGUUGGUCUACCACUUCCAUGGAUCUUAUACUCUGCAGCAAAUAAGGGUACUCCUGUAGUAGUAAGUCAAGAGAUUGUGGACGUGAAAAAUUGCUGUCGUUCAUUACUUCUCUUUUUGUCGGCGAGCACAAUUAAGCCCUCACAAUUUCUGACAAAUUUGUUCAUUUCUUUGACAGAUUGGCUCGGACGGACUUGUGGUAUCAUUGCUUAUUUUGGUAGGCAUGAUUGUCUUGGUGAUUAUUUCUAUUCAUUGUCAAGGGUGGAAGUUGACGAAGGUGUUAGGUGGAAUUAUGUUCUUACUCUACAUCGUGUUCUUGGUACAGGCUGCAGUUUUAGGAUUGCCUUUUGAAGUUUGUGUUGAGUAGGUACGGCAUCUGGUAAAUCUUCAAUUUUUAUAUAGAUGAUACUAUUGCUACCACCGACACCACCACUCCCGAAUAGCGGCAGUCUGUUGCUUGUAGAACGGACUAGCGUAUUAUUGUCGUUCAAAUCAGAGACAGUGAGGAAGAUUUGUUCGAUAGCCAAACAUUGUAUCAUUCAAUAUUAAUAAAUCAAUAAAUAUUUACAGUAAAACCGCUCACUUAAA